CGCUGAUUCCUUCUCUCCUCUUCUCUUUCCUUUCCUUGUGUUGUGUGGCGGGCGAGCGCAGUCCAGGAGGGAAACAGAUUCUGCUCCUCAGCUGGAUUCGUGAGAAGAAUACCCAAACAAAGGGUUGCGGAAAUCAGAGCGGUUUGCGGGGGCGGCUGUGGAUCUGCUUCCAUCCAAUUCUCUCUUUCUCUCCGACCUCCCCGAUCGCGAUUUCCCCUCUGUCUUUCUGCUUUCUCCGGUUGGUUGGUCGAGCUCCUCCCCUCUUUUUAUUUAAUGUUUUCCUUUGCAAUAUCGACUCGCUCAAAUUUCGCCCUCCUUUGCAGGUACGCAAAACCAGCUCGUGUUGUCUUCGGUUUCUCAAUCGAUCAAUCAUGGCGUCCAAGCGCAUCUUGAAGGAACUCAAGGAUUUGCAGAAGGAUCCACCCAGUUCCUGCAGCGCAGGUCCUGUAGCAGAGGACAUGUUCCACUGGCAGGCAACGAUUAUGGGACCCUCUGAAAGCCCCUAUUCUGGAGGUGUUUUCCUGGUUACGAUCCAUUUCCCCCCAGAUUAUCCUUUCAAGCCCCCUAAGGUAGCAUUCAGGACCAAGGUCUUUCACCCUAAUAUCAACAGCAAUGGAAGCAUCUGUCUAGAUAUCCUCAAAGAGCAGUGGAGCCCUGCUCUUACCAUUUCAAAGGUGCUUCUCUCAAUCUGCUCCUUGUUGACGGAUCCCAAUCCCGAUGAUCCUUUGGUGCCAGAGAUUGCCCACAUGUACAAGACAGACCGUGCCAAGUACGAGGCGACUGCACGCAGCUGGACCCAGAAGUAUGCUAUGGGAUGAUAGUACUAGAAGUGUUCGAUAAGAGUGCAACAAGACACACAAACACUGAAGAAGGAAGGUUAUCAAUUAUGUCUUAAGGAUUCGAAACAUUUUGAUUACGUGGUGUGGGAGAAUGCAGCAGUUGGUCCUGCUUGUUUUUGGCUGUGUAGUAUAUGUUUUUGGUUAGGGGCUCUUGAAGUUUGAAGGGAAGCCGGGUUUUUAUGAACUCCAUAACGAUUUUAUAUUACUUAGCGUUCUUUUCUUGCAUUUUGUUGGAUGGUCUUAUGAAUAUGAUAUAUUCCCCAACGAACUGGUUGUCUUGUUUCCGAUCUCUAGAUGCCAAUUGCGAUCCAGCAAAUCUCGAUUCCAGCUGUGCUUGUAAUCAAUCACGUAUUCACGU